AUGAUCUGCAAAAAUGUGUAGGGGUAUGCUAAUGACAGCGUGUGACGUGGCAGCCAUCACAAAGCCGUGGAGUGUUCAGAAGAGAGUGGCAGUGACGGUGGCCCACGAGUUCUUUGAGCAAGGUGACAGGGAAAGAGAGCAGCUCGAUAGUGAGCCCAUGGCCAUGAUGGACAGGAAGAAAAAGCACGAACUGCCCAAGAUGCAAGUGGGGUUCAUCGACUUCAUCUGCUUGCCCCUCUAUGAGCCACUGGCUAAUCUAGUGCAAGGCCUGGUUCCUUUGCUAGAAGGAGUCAAGAAGAACCGCCACGAGUGGCAGAAUCUUGCUGAUAACCCAGAGCUGACUGUCGUAGAUUCUGACCCAAAGGUGUCUGAAACAUCACCCUGCCCAACCUGCCCAGCGACAGCAGACGUCAAACACAGCACCGCCAACCAGACCGAGAUU